AUGUGCCCCCUGACACUGACUGGCGUAGGGAGGCUGAAUAUAGGACUGUCCAGCUCAGCUCCUCCUGGGACCCUCGUACUGCUCGCCACCACCAGCCCCUCCAGCGAAGCAGCUCCCACCAGCCCCCUACCACCCGGCCUCGGAGGGACCCCCACCUCUGCUCACUGUGCCAGCAGCUCCCUGCUGAGCCGUCACGCCCCUAUUGCCCGUCCUGUGGCGCCUACGUGGCCCGGUUCCGCCCGAACAGCUGAUCAGGACCGACCACCACACCCCCUGCAGAUCUCACAGUUUGAGAGUUCAAGAGUCCAGAUGCCUCAUAACCAUCAGUAUGAGCUGAACUCAGACAUAACAUUUCUGUUCUUAUAUUUACAUCGUGCCAACACAUUAUUAUUAUAA